CUGGGAUGAAAUCAUUGCUGGAAGACAAUGAAUGAGAAGACGUCUGUGACAAUCUGUUACCAAGCAGCACCAACCAUGCCCACAUGUAAGAAGGUGGAGUUCAUGGUUAAUCAUACACAGUCAGACCUGGCAAAGAUGUCCAUGGUGAUCAAUAAGCCAGCUGGAGUUUUCUUCGGCAGUAAAGUGUAUGUUUGUUCAUCAAAUCUGGUGAGACAAGAGGUUGUGGUGCCCUCACUAGAUGAAGUGUGCUCCCAGAGGCAGCAGAAAGACACUGAAGAGUGUUAUGUUCCCAGACUCAUCCGUGUUAUUAACCAAGGCAUGAAUCGAGUGGAGCUGCAGUUUGCUGGAAGGAAUAGGAGCUCACACACUGUGUGCACCCAGUAUGAGAAGAAUGGAAGAUGUAAGGUGUUGGACAGGAUGACCAUCCCGCUGUACUCUGUGACCCCGUGCAUGUGUCUUCAGGCAUGGCAUACGGAUGACAACAAGCCUCUGCGCAUUCAAAGCUGCCCCUUUAACGGUUCUCUUCCAUUUGAAGAGAACCUGCGGCAGAAUGUGUCAGUGUCUGUGGGCCGGAUUCAAAUGAGCAACUAUGGUACAAAGUUGUUGUGGAACCUGUCUGCCCCCUGCCGUCUGAAGGGUGAAGUGUGGCCCUGUCACCGGACUGCAGGCCUCAUACAGGACAACUGCAGAGAGAUGAAGGGCUUUAGACGACAGCUGGCAAAUAGCACAUGGAGACAAAACAUCAAGGGACACUGGGAGCAAACAGGGGUCUUUGAAGACAUCGACUUUCAGCUUUCACCGUGUGUGAUGAUGAAAGUAAACGAAAAGGGACAUCAGCUGGGUCCAUUCUGUUAUAAUAACAUCCCUACAGCUGGCAGAUGGCGCUGGAGUCUCAUGGUUGUCGCUUUGAUGCUGCUAGUUUGCUUGAGUGCACUCCUCAUUUAUUUCCUCCAUGAUUUUGUCAAGAAAUGGGUGUGGAGCUGGCGUCAUAGAGGAUUUGUAGAGAUUGGCAGAAAUGGUCAUGUGGUGCUGCUGAGCCCCCCAGAUAUGGAUAACGGUGUUCAAAAGUCGGUAUGUGGGCUUGGUUCCCUGCUCUGUAACCAGGGCUUCAGCGUGACUGUGGACCAGUGGAGCAGGAAGAAGCAGUGCACUAUGGGGCCUCUGCCAUGGCUGCACUCCCAGCUGCUGGAGCUGAACCACCUUGGCGGCCGAGUCGUGCUCGUGGUGACCCCCAAAGCCUUGGAGAGAGCAGAGGGAUGGACCCAUCAGCGCAAAGAGGAAGAUAAUGGUCUCCUUCAGACAUGGUCCCCUUAUUCUGAUGUGUUCACGGCCUCCCUGAGCUUCAUCCAAGGGGACAAGCUGCAGGGAAGGGCUGGUGAACGUUUCCUCCUGGUGAAAUUUGACUCUUUCGCACAUCUCAGCAGCUACAAGAGACUGCCAGAGCCUCUUCAGGGGCUUCCUCUGUUCCAGCUUCCCUCACAGAAAAAGGCUCUCCUGUCUGAGCUAACUGUGGGAGGAAAAAGAAGGGGAUCAGGUGGAAGGACACAGACAGUGUAAAUACGGGGUGCCUCUGCAGGAUGAAGAGCAAAGACUAAAGAGGGAGCAGACCAACAUAUCUUGUAAAUAUCAUGCCUUUAACUUAUUGAUGGAUGUAACGCUGAACAUUAUUGUUGCUCCGUGCACACGAACUACGCAUUCAUCCAGGUGGUGAAUAUGAUAAAUAAGAGACACUUUAAAGAAUAAGACUGGCUAUAAUCUAUAACAACAAGACCAAAAUAAACAGUGUGCUUGUCUGUUUCUCAGUAAUUCUGAUGAUAUUAGCCUCAAAACUGCUCAUUCCCACGGAAUACAUUAAAUACUUUUCUAAGA